UGACAAUGCCGGCCAUGAAGAAGGAGACAACCCAAAUGUUAAAGAAAUUGCUGAUUCACUUCUUGAGCCUCCUACAUCCGUCAACUCUAGUGCAAAACGCAAAUUAGACUACUUAUCCAUAGCCCCAAAUCAAGACAUCAUAAGAUCAACUAUUGAGCAUUUGCUCCAAUCAUCGAUCGGAAAUGCCGAG